CGAUGUCGUCCCUGAGUAGAUCGCACGGUGCGGCUCCAGAAUAUUCAACGCCGGGACUCGGGCUAGCGCUACAGGCCAGAGGGCGAGGAUACUCGGCGACUGGAACGAGUACAAGUCUUCGCCGCGUGGGAGUUAGCGUUGGUGCUCUUCUGGCUGGGUCUGCAAUGAUAUAUGGUGGCCACAUAGCGUUCAACAGAGAAGGCAGUCCGACGUUUUCCCCCGCCGUCCAAGCCGCCGUUCACGCGCAUCAGCCUUCCGUUUGUGCAGAAAACAAGACUCACUCGCUGUAUCUAUGGAUACACGUGACUGCAGAAGCCGACGUGAAGCAAUGCGCAAAAAUUGUCGCCACUCUCCAGGAUAAAGUUGCUGGCAUCACAGGUGCUAGUCCAGAUGAUGAAGAUGAAGUCCUGGCAGGCGUAGGGUUCGGUCCAAAUUUCUACAAGCAGGUCACGAAUGGGAAGGGGGGUGGGGGAAAAUUACAGCUACCCCCAUCGUAAGGGGGCUCUGGGAGAUAUGCCAAGUACAGGUGAGCCCAUGCAGCAGAACUAUUGCACAUCGACUAGAGAAAAAGGGGAGAAAGUAAAAGGCUGUGUACUGUUUUGAUAUUCUUUAUGUAAAGUAUGGAAAACUGCAGAAAAUUUGACCAACCAAUGUUUCCUUCUAUAGAGUAUUUAUUCUUGUGACUAUGUAUUAACGUUUUUGGUGAGUGUGCUAUAUUUGUCUUCGACCUUAUUAGGAGGGGACAUAUUUAUUCAUGCAAAGAGCAGCAGUUACAGUAAUCUCUGGGAGCUGGCUCAACUGCUCGUUUGCUCCAUGCCCCCCGGGCUCCGUCGCCAAGGCUGAAGACAUCUAUGGCUGGCAGUACAAGGACGGGAGAGACCUCUCCGGGUUUAUUGACGGUACGGAGAAUCCGGCCGAGGAGGAUGAUAGGGUGCGAGUAGCGGUGAGCGACAAGUGUGGAGGGAGUUACUGCAUCACUCAGCGAUGGAUCCACAAGCACGACGUCAUAGCCUCCGGCGAAGACCGAACACUGGAGGGUUGGAUUGGUCGCUCAAAAGCCGACAGCAUCGAGCAAUCUCGAAAGUCUGUCUCGGCCCACGUAGCUCGCAUGGUCGGAGGGACCACAACACCAACAAACAAACCGUUUGAAAUAGUCCGUCAUUCUCAGCCUUACGGCACCGUCACUGGAGAGUCGGGCCUCUUCUUUAUUGGUUAUGCUGCAUCUCCAGCAAAUUUCGAGUACAUGCUGGAUCGAAUGGUCGGUUCCCAAGGCGACGGAGUCUGCGAUGACAUCAUGCGUCUUAGUUCCUGUGUGUCAGGCAGCUACUGGUACUUCCCUAGCAACCAGCAGCUCCGCCUCCUAGCAACUAGUUAGGUCAAACAAACUCGGUCAUCAUUGUGCCCGCUCAGCAUAUUUAUAAUCGCUGCUGUCAUCUUUUCAUUGUGUAAAAUAAUCCAGCACAUUAUACGUAUGCCUGCUGUUCAUGAGUUA